UAAAUACCGACUGGUUUACAUCUACAUCAAAAACAUCGUCAAAUUUCAUACAAGAUGAUGAACCUAACUCCCCUUUUAAUGCUCACUCUUGCGCUUUCUGCGAACUCGCAUUCGCUUGGCCGAUACAACAAGAACGCAAAACCCAAUCUGCCGAAAAAUUGCAUUUUCAACAUGUGCCAAACCGUAUCCGACUAUCCAGAAGAAAAGGUGGACCAAAUGAUGAAAAAAGCUACAAUUCUGGAAUCUUACUUCGGAACGAUUUACUCAAGCUCUGAUCCAGUAAAUGACAGACAAAAACGUAGUGACACACAGGAUACUAGGUGUCAAGGUAUACAUGUGGAAACUGCUCCAAAAAUGAUCAAAGAUGUCGAUGAUGUGGAAAGAAUCAUUGCCAAUACAGAGAUGUACCGGCAAUUGGUAACUUUCGAAAUAUGCGGUAAUCCUUGUUUUGACUCACGAUUGCUCGAGAAGAACAUACGGUGUGUACAAAAAUUCAGAAAUGAAAAACUAUUAACAGUUAAUGAGAAUGAUCAAAGUUUGGAGUUUCGGACUUUUCGAGUUCCUAGCCACUGUACAUGCAGUGCAACCAUUUAAAAAACAACAUUAGUAUGUAAAUAAUAACGCAAAAGAAUGAUCUCAUUAGGAAGUAAAAA